AUGAAUACCCAAGCAGCAUCUUCGACAACCUCCCCCAGCUCUACACCCCGAAUCCAGACCUCAUCAGCCCUCUACUCGCGAGAAACUGGCGAACAUGGCAUUCCACAAACUCGAUAUACAGGAUCGAUAGCAGCGAAGCCUGCGCCCGUUGCGAAAUCAUGGGCGCAUUUCGUAGCGGGAGGUGUAGGAGGAAUGGCAGCAGCAACCCUAACGGCCCCCCUCGACGUCCUAAAAACCCGCCUUCAAUCCGACUUCUACCAACAUCAACUCGCGCAGACCCGGGCCGCGAAAGGCAUCUCCCCCCACGCGCACCUCUCGGCCCCCCGAUCAGCACUCCUCCACUUCCGUGAAACUUUCCAAAUCCUCGGCAGUGUGCACCGUACGGAAGGCGGGCGCGCUCUCUUCAAAGGCCUAGGGCCAAACCUAGUCGGCGUUGUGCCGGCGCGUUCGAUCAAUUUCUUUGUCGUAGGUAACGGGAAGCGUAUAAUAGCGGACUACGCGAACAACGGUCAAGAAUCGGCGUGGGUUGUUCUAUGUGCUGCGGCUCUUGCGGGGGUUGUGACGAGCACGGUUACGAAUCCUAUUUGGCUGAUUAAGACGAGGUUGCAGCUGGAUAAGAACGUGGUGGAGCAGGGCGGAAGGACGGAAAGGAGGUAUAGGAAUAGUUGGGACUGUAUAAAGCAGGUGGUGAGGAAUGAGGGUGUGAGGGGGAUGUAUAAGGGCAUGAGUGCUAGUUAUUUGGGGGUGAGUGAGAGUGCGUUGCAGUGGGUGCUUUAUGAGCAAAUGAAGAAGACGUUGGAGAAGAGGGAGAUCCGGAUAGAGAGCAGUGGAAGAGAGAGGAACGCGUGGGAUCAUGCAGUUAAUUGGACGGGCAAUACUUUUGCUGCUGGAGGUGCGAAGCUGGUUGCUGCGUUGGCUACCUAUCCUCAUGAGGUUGCACGCACUCGUCUCCGCCAAGCCCCCCUCGAGAACGGCAAACCGAAAUAUACAGCCCUAAUCCAAACCUUCAAGCUGAUAUGGAAAGAAGAAGGCAUGGUGGCCAUGUACGGUGGCCUGACCCCACAUCUCAUGCGAACCGUCCCCAGCGCGGCCAUCAUGUUUGGAAUAUACGAGGGGAUUCUAAAACUACUUCAUGCUGAGCGCUAG